AUGAACUUCUUCCUGGAAACGCUCAAAGUCAUCGGACUUCUUGUUUAUCAGUUGCUGGAGUCGCUGGUGUUCUUGGUUGUGCCUAAACGGAAGAAGAACGUUAGUGGUGAAAUAGUAUUAAUAACAGGAGCAGGAAAUGGCAUUGGAAGACUCUUAUCUUUAAAGUUUGCCAGCCUUGGAGCCACAGUGGUUCUGUGGGACAUUAAUGCAGAGGGGCUCAAGGAGACAAGUAGACUGGUCAGAGAAAAUGGAGCAGCGAGAGUACACUCUUACAUCUGUGACUGCAGCAAAAGGCAGGACAUCUACAGAGUAGCUGAUCAGGUUAAAAAAGAAGUUGGCGAUGUCAGCAUCCUAGUCAACAAUGCUGGGAUCGUCACUGGGAAGAGGUUUAUUGAGUCUCCAGAUUCACUCGCAGAAAAAACCAUGGAAGUGAACGUAAUGGCACACUUCUGGACUUACAAAGCCUUCCUCCCAGCAAUGAUGGCCUCUAACCAUGGACACUUGGUUAGUAUUGCAAGCUCAGCGGGAAUGAUUGGAGUCAAUCGUCUUUCAG